GUCGCUGGCGUUAUGACGUUUUCAGGCACGCCGUCGCGGUUGGCUCCGCCCCCUUUCAUGGCUGCUGCUCCUGUGUAGAGCGGGAGCCGGGAGGGAAGGACCCGCUUAACCCGAGCUGCAGCCGCAGGAACACAGUCUGAUCUUCCCUGGUAUCGCCUAAAGAGGCUAAUGGCGUCAUCAGCUGCCGUGCCUACCGGCUUUCACUAUGAAACACAGUAUGUCGUGCUCAGUUAUUUGGGGUUCCCCCCGGUAGAGAGGACGGCGGGACAGCCCCAAGCAGCCAGCGCUGGAGCUGCGCACCCACCAGUCCCUCCUGCAGCCAAGGAGGAGCUGGAGAAGAUUAAGACAGCGGUAGAAGAGGAGCUGAAACGUCUGGAGGACGAAAUAGCUGCCGCCUUCCCGACCACAGGGUUUGACAUGCACACCUCCCCCGUCUUUAGCCCAGCAAGUCCGGAAAGCUCCAUCGAGGAAUGUUUGUCCCAACUUUCUGAGAAACUGAGUCUGGAAAUCCGCGAUCCGCUGGACAAAGCCACCGAUGCGCUCCUGAACACGAGUCUGAGCUACGAAGUGUUCAAGAAGCAAACUGAGGACGCUGCCGCGCUAACCGCCGGGUGGAAUAAGGUUCUGGUCCCGCUUGUCCUCUCGCAAAGACUUCUCCUGGAGCUCACAAGACGAGGCAAGCCGUGCCUGGAAACUCUGGUGCAGCUCACCGUUACGUACAUAGAGGAGCUGUGCGCGGACUUCGUUAUACAGCAGGGAGGAUGGGGCACGGUCUUCAGUCUGGAAUCUGAGGAAGAGGACGCCCCGGGGCUAAUCGCCGAAGACAGCAACGACAUCUACAUCCUGACCAGCGACAACUCCGAGCAAGUAAGCCCGCCGGAGAGCCUCGCCGUCUCCACCUGGCACACAGAGAGCUUGCCAACCUCCUUGGGUCCCGAGUCCUGGCAACAGGUGACCAUGGAUCCCGAGGAGCUGAAAAGCCUGGACAGCAACGGAGGGGCCGAAGAACGGAGCGAGAACAACUCUUCUAAUUCGGACAUAGUCCACGUGGAGAAAGAGGAGAUCGCCGCGGUGAUCGAAGAGGCAGCGGUGGUGGAAGGUAGAGAAGAGGAAGAGGUCGAAGUUGAGGAAGAAGACAGGGAGGUUCUUGUAGCAACUUCAGCUUUGACCGAGGAGCCCUCAGCGCCGAUGGAGCUGAGGAGGACCCCCUCUCCACCAGUAGAUCAGCCGGAGCCACCAAAAGUAGACAUAUCAGUCAAAGGGGUCUCGGAAAAAGAAUCCCUACCCGUUCCUCAGGAGGCCAAAGAAGAGAGUCACGUGUCGUCUUCGCUAGAAGCUGAGAAGCUGGAGCGCCCGAUCUCUCCCGUAAUCCCCCCUUCUCCCCAAGCAGAAGAGAAGCCGAUCCUCAUCCCAGAAGGCAAAUCCAUUCUGAUGUUCGGAGGUGCGGCCGCUGUUGCCGUGUUGGCGAUAGCCAUAGGAAUAGUUGUGGUGUUGAGAAAGAAGCUGUCGUUGGGCUUUUGUAAAACAGUUGGCUGAGAGUGAUGUGAUCCAGAAAGCGCCAAAGAGCAGUCUUAUGAGCUGGGGGUCUAGUCGCCCGGUUCUCCUGCUGUAAAGACUCAAACCUUAAUCAGUCGUUGGUCUCAUCUUAGAUUCAGGAGCCGUAUGUCUAUCCCUCGCAUGUUUAAAGGGACGUUUCCUAUAAUUUACUUUAUUGCUACCCCUUUAUCGACCGGCAAUAAUUUACAUUCGUAUAUUCAA